CAAAUGCACUUGUGUAACAUCGUUAUCUUCAUGUACAUUGUAUAAAAGCUCUAACAUAUAUCUCUCUUGGUACUGCUUGGAAGAUAAUGCACUGGCUUUGACUAUCCGACCAGGACCAUAACAAAUGCCAAUGGCGAGGCUAAAGGCACGAGUGAUCAUCUACUCCUUGAUAUCCAGUUAGAUAACACAUGCACGUUCCGACAGAUUUGAAGGUGUUUAGAGAAAAAAUUCACGACCUUUGACAGAAAGACUGAGCUGAAAGGCUUGUUAUAUCCGUGACUUGAGAGACAACAGGUGCCAGCAGAGAUUUGAGCAUGGGCACAACUUACGUUAAUGAUUCGAGAAAAGAAAUACCCAACAAAAAGUUUCCAAGCGGUUUGGGAUCUUGAAAUUCUCACAGAAAAAUUAUUAACAUUAGAGUAUUUAAGAGCACCCAGACACCAUGGAAUUGGGCUACGAGGUAUCGAUGAUUACUAUACAGGCGGUCCUGAUAAUAUUGAUCGGGUUUGGAAACAUUUUGGUCAUUGCUGCAUAUUUUCGAAGCGAAAAGUUGCAGACCACGACGAACUGGUUUGUAGUUCAGCUGGCCGCCGCUGACUUGCUGGUCGCACUGGGGAUGCCUCUACAAAUUGCCAUGUUUAUCCGAGACGAUGUUGUCCAAGAUCUACACGUGUGUAUUAUCCGCUAUAGUUUGCCCAUGAGCUCGAUAACCGGUUCGGUACUUUGUCUUCUAGCUAUAAGCGUGGACAGAUAUGUCUCAGUUAUCUACCCGUUUUACUACAAGAGCGUGAACGUUCUGACAGCCAAAACUAAAGGACUCGGUGUUGUCUUCGUUUGGGUGCCCUCUGCAUUUGUGAUCGUUACGGUUCACUUUUUCGGGUUUGAUGACAGGCGACCGGGAGACGUGGGGAAGAAGGAAUGUGACUUACAGUACGUUCUGAAGCCAGACUUCAUUAAAUAUAUUGUACUGCCAGUGUUCAUCGUGCUAUCUCUAGUUAUAAUAGCGUUAUAUUCAAGAGUUUUCCACUUGGCUGGAAGGCACGCAGCGGCAAUAGCUUCUCUCACGGAGCAUCUGUCAGUAGUAAGUAACCCUCGACUGAAAAAUAGCCCGCGGCAAAUUCACAGGAAAAACAUGAAGAUUUUGAAAACAGCUGUAAUCGUUUUAGGGAUGUUUUUUCUGUGCAUGGUACCUUUCUUUGUCGUUACGGGAAUCCAGGUAUACACGGACCAAAUAUUCUCCAAAACUUGGAUGACCAUACGAAUGUACACUACAGUGCUAUUAGUUUUGAACAGUGCCCUGAACCCAAUUAUUUACGCAUGUCGUUUACAGAACUUUCGUAGAGAAUUUCAGAAAAUUCUUCGCUUAAAUCGCAACGUGAACGCUGCCUCACCUCGUCCUAUACGACGACUGGAGAGCGAAUUAGGAAGUAGUGUUACUGUAAACAUAGAUGUGAGAUGUAACUCUCAACCCGCUGUACGGCACCACAUUUACUCUAAGACAGUAAGUGGCUUUUAACUGACUUGGAUUUCAGGAAGAGUGGAGUAAGCCAUUCUCUAUUUUACAAACGACACGUAUAAAAAAAGCCAACGGCAGGCAGUGUUAAUUGUCAGUUGGUAGAGUUAAGUUCACAGUAACUAGCAGAUAUGCGUUGCUACAAGGACAGCCACUUCACAAACACUUCAAAGACUGGGUUCUCAUAUCUACAUCGACCUAACAGGAUCGAUCCAUCUCCGAGGGGUUUCUCACUUAAUUACAAUUAACUUAAGAUGCUUAGAUGGCUGUCACGCCUACUGAAGCUGCUUGGGGGUAAUUUUAAUUAAAAUAUCGUUACAGAAGUAAU